GGUAAUCAGAAGUAGACUUUUCCUCAUUCACCAAACCAAUUUCUAUGGAGUCUCACUCUCUAUCUUCUUCUCUAACCAUUCGCGCCAAAUCCCUAACCCAACCUCUUCCUCCUCGUCGCUCCUUCAAUGUACAAGCAAACCCUAAUAAAUACCUCUCCGUAUUCCCUUCUCCUAUAAUGCCUGUUCUCACAUAUUCACGCCGGCCACUCCAAAUCCACCGUAGAAAUGCAUCGUUUACGCGGCGUCGGAAUUCGAAUUCGAGCUGGAAAUUCUAUGCGCGUGUUGUCGGAGGUGACUCUGGAAGAAUAUCGGAUGUGACUAGAGAGUUAAUUGUUCUGAAUUCUGCUUUGACUUUGGUGCUUGGAGUUGCGAAUCGAGUGCUUUACAAACUUGCGCUUGUUCCGAUGAAGGAGUAUCCGUUUUUUCUAGCUCAGGUUACCACUUUCGGAAAUGCCUCGUUUACUCGGCGUCGGAAUUUGAAUUCGAGCCGGAAAUUCUAUGUGCGUGCUGUCGGAGGUGAUUCUGGAAGAAUAUCAGAUGUGACUACAGAGUUAAUUGUUCUGAAUUCUGCUUUGACUUUGGUACUUGGUGUUGCAAAUCAAGUGCUUUAUAAACUUGCUCUUGUUCCAAUGAAGGAGUAUCCCUUUUUUCUAGCUCAGGUUACUACUUUUGGGUACUUGGCUAUUUAUUUAUCCAUAUUGUAUGCGAGAUAUCGUGCUGGUAUUGUAACAAAGGAGAUGGUGGCCUAUCCAAAAUCACGGUUUUUGCUCAUUGGUUUGCUCGAAGCCCUUGGGGUCGUAUGUGGAAUGUAUGCUGGAGCCGUGCUUCCUGGACCAGCCAUACCAAUACUUAGUCAGACUUUCUUGGUGUGGCAGUUGACUCUCUCUGUGUUCAUUCUUGGACGAACCUACUCUUUGAAUCAAAUUGCCGGGUGCUUAUUGGUUGCUGCUGGAGUGGUACUAGCCGUAACAAGUGGAUCAGAUUCCAACCAGAUGCUGACAGGAAUUGCAUUUGUUUGGCCAGUAUUGAUGGUAGCUUCAAGCGCAUUCCAAGCCGCUGCAUCUGUUAUUAAGGAGUUCGUUUUCAUCGAUGCUGCUAGCCGACUCAAGGGAAAGGUGCUUGAUAUCUUUGUUGUCAAUUCUUUUGGAUCUGGAUUCCAGGCUCUUUUUGUUCUCCUUUUUCUGCCUUUUCUUUCAAACUUGAAGGGCAUACCUUUUUCCGAGCUCCCUUCAUUUCUUAAGAGCGGUGCUGGUUGUUUCUUCAACAUAGGGAACACUGUUUCAGGUUGUGAUGGAGCGCCAUUGCUACCCCUUCUUUACAUAUUUACGAAUAUUGCUUUCAACAUAUCAAUUCUCAAUCUUAUGAAGAUUUCGUCAGCUGUAGUUUCAUCCCUUGUUGUGAUGUCAUCAGUGCCUUUAUCGAUGUAUCUUCUCUCCAUGCCACUGCCAUAUCUCCCGGAAGGGUCAAGUUUGAGCCCUUUUUUCCUUCUCGGCAGUGCUGUCCUUCUCGUUGGUCUUAUCCUGUAUAACAUUCCACGAACUCAGACGCGGGACACAGAAUUGUGACUCAUUUGAAUCAGUGCAACUGAUGUUCUUCCAUGGAGAUUCUUGAUAAUAAUAAUCAUGAUCUUGGAAAUUCACUGGUCCAGAAGAGUAUAAUCUCCAUUUACUAAGAUCCAUUUUUCCCUGGUUGUACAGUGUGGCCUACAGCAAAAUGGAUCUGACAAUAUCAUGGUAGCUUGACUAAUCCCUCCACUGAUUGUCAUCAUAUAAGCUAAGAUAUUGUUAAUCACCAGAAGCAAGGACGUAUUCUGGAUGUACUCUCAAUGUUAAGACUCUCUUGGCAUUACAGGUGGUGGAUUACAAUAACAAAGGGCUCUUGCUAUAUUACAUGCCUUAGGUAAGGUUAAAGAAAUUAAAUUGGUGGAUAUGUUACUGUUGCAGAAGAACAGUUCGAUCUUUUUUGGUAUGCAGAAAAUUCAGAUAAAACUUCCAGAGUCAUAUUUGAUUGCGGAAAUGCCUUCAGGUCUAUUAAAUAGUGAAUUAAGUUGAUGUAAUUACAGUUGUAUUUGAUUCUUUAAACAAGUCCAAUGAUGUCGAUCUGUUGUAAUCUUGAAUUUCAAGCAACGCGCGUGGUAAACAUUGAACACUUAUUCCAAGUUGCUGUAGAAUGGUAAGAAAGUCGAUCUGUCAUAAUAUUAUAUUUCAAGCA